CCCCUCUUGCAGGGCCCAGGGUGAGGACACACCCAGCUCCAAACAGAUUCUCCCACUUAAAGGUUGUCUGUGCCCGCAGGGUCACUGUAUGGGUGGCCAUUAUUUUUCAGCUGCACCAGGAAUAUUGAUUGUACGAAGGCUCCCAGCCGUUAGAGGAGAAGUGACAGGGUCACAGAUUUCUGUGUUCUGAAGAGAGGAAGAGUGGCUGGGUACAUGAGUUUCCUUUUCCAGGAAAGCUGCUCGGAGCCUCAGCUGGUAUAAAAGCCGCUGGAGCGGUUGGGGUAGGAAGAGGUUUAGAGCGAUGCCUUCGGGCAGCAUUUACCAAAAGUGCGAAGAGUCCGACCAAGAGACGCUCAAGGAAAAGGAGACAGAAAUGGCGUUUCGGAGAGCAGGGAAUUCCUUGCUUCAGUGUGGUAGGGGCCUGAAUGGGGAGGAAAAGUCCAUAUUAACCCUUUACGCUGUGCAUGCCGUGUCAUUUGUGUUAUGGGCCAUCCUCCUCGCCAUGGUGAUUGGAAAGUACUCGGAGAUGUCCAAGGAGCUGGAGCAGUUGCGGACUGAUCAAUCUGUGCUGAGAGGCAAUGGCUCCAAGACAGCGAAGCAACUGGAGAUGCUUCAUUUCAACCAGUCCGCCAUUCACAGCACUGAGGUGGAACUGGCCACGGACCUGAAGAGGCUGCAGUCAGACCAGGCCACACUGAAAGUGGAAGUGUCGGAGGAUCUGGCCAAAGCGAAAAGUGACAGAGAUGACAUCAGGGCUGAGGCCUACAAGAUCCUGGAUGCUGUUCAGAAAGGGAAUGAGUCUGCCUGCAGCAUUUGUCCAGCUGGCUGGCUGCUGAAUUCAGGGAACUGCUACUACUUCUCCACAGAGCAUAAAUACUGGUCUUAUGCCAAGCAGGCCUGCAAAGACCAAGGCGCCAUGUUGAUUAUUAUUGAUAACCCACAAAAGCAGGAGUUUUUGACAAAGAAUGCUAACGGCAAGCAGUACUGGAUUGGCCUGCACGACGUUAACAAUGAAGGGACAUUUAUGUGGGUCGACGACAGUUCUGUGUCAUACAGCAACUGGGAUCGAGGGGAGCCCAACAAUUUUGGCAGUGGCGAGGACUGCGUGAUGAUGCUUAAAGACGGGAAGUGGAAUGAUGCUCCAUGUGUGAUGAAUGCGGUUGGCUGGAUCUGUGAAAAGAAGUGGACUUGUUAAACUGUGGCCAGGAGGAACACAACACAGCCAGCACAUCUUAAUAGCCACAGAUCCACCCCGCUGCCCUCUGGCCCCUUCCAUGCAAGGUCUGCCAGCUCUUUACAAACUUCAAUGCAUUAAACCUCACAGACCUCAUCCCUUCCACUCUUGGGAACAAGGUAUUAUCACCCCAUCUUUACAGAUGGGGAAAGUGAAGCACAAAGACUUACCCAGGUCACAGCAGUGAAUCAGUGGAAGAGACUGGAUUAGUACCCAAAUGUCCUGACUCCCAGUCCCCUGUUCUUAUUACACCACAGUAUUUCAGAUGGCUGGAAACAGGAGUCCUGACCACUCCUGCUCUAACCACUAAACCAUCCUCCCCUCCAAGAGCCAGGGAUAGAACCUAGGCAACUCCCAAUGCUCCUGAGUCCUGACUCUAAUCCCUAGAGCCCAUUCAAUUCCCAGCGCUGGGAAUAGAUCUUAAGUGUCAUGAAUUCCAGUCCCUGCUCUAACUAUUAGACAAAAUAGAUUCUUUCACAACGUGGCAAUUUAUUGGGUGGAAAACCCAGCUAGCCUCCAAACUAUAUUAAUCCAUUAUCAGCGUUUAUGGGGAAAGGGGGUAGGAUCCUUACUGCGCGUGAAGUCAAAUUUUAGAACCUGCCAGUCAAUCCCAUCAACAUGGUAUAGAUCUGGUCAUUGCUCUAUAGUAAAGGAUGUGGCCAACUUCCUGGUUUAGGGCAAAUUUUCCUCCCCUGCUAAUUAGGGCUAAAAUUUACACAUGUAUCUCAGAUUAUCCAUCUGUGGUGAUCUGCCAAAGGAGAAGUUUGGGGAGAACUAGACAAGCAGUGUGAGAAAUCAAAGGUUUCACUUCUGUAAAAUUGUCCUAAAUUAGCCAGGCAUGAAAUGGAGAGGAAAAGAGGCAGGGUUUAGCCCUGAAUCCUCAAAGGCAGCUAGGUAACUAUCUCCACUCAGACCGAGCCCAUCUUUCCCCUCUCUCAGGUGGGUGCCCUAAUUGCCAUGGUAACCGGUAUUCUGGGUGGGUUUUGUGGUGGCCAUGGCAUACAAACAGAAGUUAUAAUUCAGAAAAAUAACAUGCAAGAACCAAAAGCAGACAGAGACAAAGCAGGCUGCUCCCUAAGGCAGAGAGGCAGCACUCCUCCCAUCUUGCUCUAAGCUGUCCAUCUGUUUGCAGACCUUGUAGGACCCGGGUAAAAAAACAUGACAUUUAGAGUGUGAGCUUAGCACUGUAACAAUUUUCAAUAUACCACAAGUUUCUCUCCGUUUCUCCUGCUGGAGCUGUUCCACUUUGUAUAAUUAAUUAAAUGAAGCAGGGACUGGACCCUGGCUCUCUACAUCCCAGGUGAGAGUCCAAGCCACGAGGAAAGAGAGAGAGACACACUCUCAUCCCUAUCUGGCUUUGGGCAGGUUAGGCAUGCUCAGAGCAGGCCUCCAGGAUCAGCUCACACUGGCGGGAUAAGUUGAGGGGAGGGGCGAAGUGCCUAGUCUGAGAACCCUUUGGGGUCAGCAUGAUUUAGGCGUGAGAGCUCUCCACAGAGUGUGAGCUGUAGGGCAGGAUCGGCACUCAGGCAGCUUUGUGACUGUCAGCCUCAGAAAUUUAGGCACCUACAGGGUUCGGUGGCAGCUGAGCUGAGCAGCUUUUCUGAGGAUGUUAAUGGUGCCUAAACACGGGGGGCAGGUAUCAAAGACAGGAGAAGGCUAAGCCACCCCAAACUGCCUGCCGUGGCCCCAGCCAACCUCCACUCCCAGACCCCCUCCUGCUGCAUCCUUCCCAUGUAGCCGGGGCCCUGGGUUUGUCUACACAUUUGGGCUUGUCUACACAUCCAGCACACUGGUGGAGGGGCGCUGCUGUAGCACUUAGCAAAGACACUUCCUAUGCUGACGGGAGAAGCUCUCCUGUCGGGAUACUCCACCUCCCCGAGAGGCGGUAGCUUUGUUGAUUGGAGAAACCCUCCCGUCGACAGUGCUGUCUACGGUGGGAAUUCGGUCAGUAUAACUGCGUCACUCAGGGGGUGUGAAUUUUCCACCUCCUGAGCAACACAGUUAUAUUGACAUAAGUAGGGAGUGUAGCCCAAGCUUUAGAAUCAGAUUCCUGGAAACAAUCAGGAAGAAUUCAAACUGCCUUCAGUGGUGUUUGCUUAAAAUUCACUAUUUUGGGGAUGUUAGUAAACUUCACCGUUAGAACAUUCCCAAGAAGCAAAUGCUAACGGGGCACAAAGAGAGUAUUGGUUUAAAAAUGCAAAGAAAUAGCCAGGAAUUAUUCACCCCGCUCUCAUCUCACCAGUCACCCUGCCCAAGAGUUGUUAAGCAUUCUUCCUACUUAACAGGGACUAUUCAGUCACCCAUGCUGCGAUUUACCCAAAACACUGGGGUUAUCACAUUGACUUUUGCAAUCAUGGGCAUCUUUGAUGUUCUCAACACAUUUAUACAUUUACUCCAGGGGUUUGUGUAUUCUCGCACACUCUGGUUUCUAGGUGCAUUGGCUGUUCUGGCUGCUGACUUGGGGAGGUACCAGUUGUAGUAUAUGGUUUGGAAAUAUUUGUUAAUAAUCAGAAUUAAUUUGCAGCCCGCAUUUCCUUGGCUACCGACAAACACCAGCUCCAACCUGCCAGACCAUGGGUGGGGUGCGGGGGGAGUUUAGUCACUGCGGGAGCUGGACUAAUGUAUAAACCUUUAGUGCUGUUCUGGUGUAAACAAUGACCUGCACAUGCAGCUUGCCCCUGUUUGGUUUAUGCCAGGGCAGCUGGUCUGCACUAGGGGUUUGCAGCAGCGCAGCUGCAAUGGAGCAGCAGCAAAGCUGGCAAAACCUCAAUGGGCACAAGGCCUCAUUCUGCAAAGGAAGCAGCAUUGAUUAGACCAGCAGCUUAAAACUAAUUAAAUCAGCAACAGAGGCACAAACUUACUGCAAGGUGGGGUGGGAUGGUAGAGCUUCAGUGGAUCUCUUCUUCCCCUGCUCCAGUGAAUUUUCCCCAACCCAAACCCAUGAAUGCAUCCCCAACUCACUAGGGGCUACAGCGGCAGCUGUAAGCAGGAAGCCAGAGAGCUUCUCUAUCUCUCAGGGCUGGUCUACACUGGAGGGGGGUAUGGAUCUAAGAUACACAACUUCAGCU